UGAUCAGACUUGGGUGUGUAAGGAUCACUAUCGUCUCUGCAGCUGGAUGUGGAUCAGUGGUCUGUUGGCUCAGGUGAUUCUGAUCUGAACAGAGAUGGAAGCAGCAGUGAAAUUCAUCAUCACGUCUCUUUUCCUCCAAGCUGUUUUGUGUCAAAAAUUCUCCAUCGAUCUACCACAGAAGGUUGAAGCUCUGAGUGGAAGCUGCGUUCUUCUACCCUGUACAUUUCAGAUUGAAGAGAAAUAUAAUACAAACCUACAGAACAAUCUUACAGGAAUCUGGAAAAAAGUAAAUAUAAACCCCUACACUGAAGUUUUUAACUCCAAGCAAACCAAAAACCAGAUUAAAGGAGAAAUGAGAGGAGAUCUGAAACAGAAAAACUGCACCACCAUCUUCUACAACAUCAGUGAGAGCAACAUUGGAAAUUAUAUGUUCAGAAUAGAAGAAACAGGAGCUCUGAAAUGGGAUUUUACUGAAGGAAUUGUUUCCAUAGUCGUGAGAAGUAACCUGACUUCUCCCUCAGUGACCCUGUAUAAGGAGAAUCAGAUGGAGGAGCAGAAGGAGGUUCUGGAGGGAACUUCAGUAAGUCUGUUUUGUUCUGCUCCGUCUUCAUGUCCUAACGUCCCGAAUUUCACAUGGAGCUUCCUGCCUGAGGAGAAAAUUCUAAAGCAGAACCAGAACAUCACCUUCAGUUCCUCUACACUGAAAUUUAGAGCUUCUCACCUGCAUCACGGCCUCAAUAUCACCUGCAACAUCACCUACCAGCUGGAGAACAAGAACAUCAGAUCAGCUCAGAGUUCGUUUGCUCUUCAUGUUCUGUAUGCUCCUAAAAACACCACGCUGAAGGUAUCUCCAUCAGCUCAGGUUCUCCUGGGCUCCUCAGUGAAUCUGAGUUGCAGCAGUGAUGCCAACCCAGCAGUGCUGAACUACACCUGGUACAGAAAGAACGGAGAGCAGAUCGGAACCGGGAACCAUCUGAUCAUCAACAAGACUGAUGAGACCCACCAUGGUUUAUACUGUAGAGCUCAAAACCAGCAUGGAGAUCAGAACUCGUCCAGCUACCUGGAUCUUCAGUACGCUCCUCAGAUCUCUUUCUCCUCCAGCUGUAACACCAACCAGACCUCCAUCCAGUGCUUCUGUGUGGUCCAUGGUUACCCCUCUCCCAAACUGGAGUGGCGUCUCUCUGAUCAAACUCUCCCAAAUGAAUCGACCAUCCAAGAGUCUGUGAGCAACGUGACUUUAAACAGCUCUAUAUCCGUCCGUCUACCACAGACAAAGGCCACGCCCAUCCUGCAGUGUGUUGGCACCAAUCACCUGGGCGUGGCCACUCAGAUCUUCUCCUUUAUUGGUGGAGCUCAGGUUCCUAAUUCAUCUGCAGCUUCAGGUUUGAGUCUUGACUCGUUGCUGAUUGGUGUGGCGGUGGGAGCUGCAGCAGUGGGGGUGCUGUGUGUUUUAGGUCUCUGUAUAAGUCUAAUAAAACUUCCUCCUGUUUUAUAUUCAUUAAGGAAAUCCCAGCAGAGAGCGUCCCAGUCUGGAGCAGGUGCAGCAGGACUGGUUUUAAAUGACAAGGUCCCACAGGCCGUGUUGUGUCAGGAAUAUGACAGUGACUCUCUGUAUGCCAACAAAACCGUUUCAUCGGAUUCUCUUCAUUACUCCUCCAUCAACUUUCCUAAUGGGUCAGGAACACAGAUCAGAGGUCUUUCAACCCUCACUGAAGAGUACGCCACCGUCCAGAACCACCCCGACCAAGGAGCCGCUAAACCUGAGCCGCUAGCAAAGACUGGCACUAAAAACCAAGUAAACAUGGACAGAAAAGAGUCUCCAGAAGAGGAGGCAACAUAUGGAAACAUCGUCCGUCAUCAGAAGACGGAUCCAGCUUGUCCAGGUUUGGACGUUGUUGCUGGAAUUCAGGAUGAGCAGAAGAACGGAUCUGAUCCUGAUCAGCUGGAGCACUCGGACGCUCCUGAAGGACUUUACGCUCAGGUUAAACCUUUACCAAAAGUCUAAAAUCAUCAUUUUAACAGCAUGGGUUUAAAAGUUCAGCUUAAAACUCAGUCA